AUGCAGCCAUCAGCGCAACAUGUUCCCCAACAGCACCCUCUCUCUCGUGCACAUUCUUCCUAUCCCACCUCGUCCUCCUCGAUUGGUACAGACCACCCUGCCCAUCAUCAAUCGGACGUAGCAUCGGCAUCGAUAUCAGCCCAAAAACCUUCUGCUCAGCGCAAACACUCGGUGAGCUCAACCAGCUCAACCGCUCCCACACAGCUUACCAAGCUGGACGGAGUCAUCUAUCACUUUUACACCACCACAGCCAACCUCGUGAUACAGUCACGCCUCGCCCAUCUGCGUUCUUCCCUGCUCAACGCCCCGAUCGACAUCACAUCCCCACCAGCUGCCGCUGUAUCAUCGCAUGCUAAACUUUCCCGAUGGUUUGGCCUUCAUAUCCCAGAAUCCGAUCUUUUCAAGGACGAGCUUCGCUUGUGGCGCUCCCUCACUUGUCUGCUCGCAUCCGAUGCGCAUGAUUCGGAUCAUCCCACUUCCACCUCGGCCGUUCCUGAUCUCAUCAUUGAUGUCUUGCUCGAUCUCUCAGCCGUCUCUGCCAAUCAUUCCAUCUUGCUCUUGUCCCGCCGCUCGAACAACCUCUCCGCUCAAUCCUCGGCUGACUCAAGCAUUCGCAUACCCAUCCACCGCCAUUCAUCAGGCCGUGCUUCGCCCUUGUCCUCCACCACUCCACCCCUCAGGAUCGUUCUUGAACGUUGGCGGCUACAAUUUAAGCCUUCGCACCCUUCACCUCCUCCAGAUUUAGCCACUUUUUACAAACGCUCGGUGGUGCACUUUCGCGCUUUGUUCACCCUGCUUUGCUCCCUUCCCUCCAAUCGCCUCGCCGCCAAGAUUGAAGCGCUCAAAGUCGCCAAUUCCAAGAGUCGUGGUGCUGACGCUACAUUCACGACGUCUUCUGUCCCGUCCCUUUCGUAUCGCAACCAUGUCGGCUCCCACGAUGCACAGAUGAACAUUGGCUGUCGUCUCAGCAUGGACGCCGAUUCCUACCAAGCUCGACCAGAUUCCGCAGAGAUUGCUAUCACUCAGCCGCUGCCCGCAGAGCAACACUUGCCUCACCUCAACGAUCUCAAUCCAGAUGAAUCAGGCACACCUCUUGGCACCUCUCAUGGUCACUACGCUACUCGUAACCUCGUACCUGUUGCCACCCCCAUCGGUCACCUCGAGCUAUCGGUCAGUUAUCGCAAAUGCACAGACUAUCUCGUAGAAGAUGCUUCCAGUUCGGCCAGUGCUCAAGACAUCAAGGUCGAUCUCGACGAAGAUUAUUUCCGAGCUCCUCCGUCCUCUGCCACCACGACGCCCGCAGCGCCAUCCAAUCAUCGGCAAGAUGACCCACCCCGCUUUUCUUCCUCGGCUCAACAAUGUAUUGGCGGCAUUUCGGCAGCAAGACCUGCCGUUCUCGCAGCUCAAAAGAGCUCCCCCGAUGGUGCCACGCACUCGGAUGCGCUUCUAUCCCAGUCGCCCGCCAAUCAGAGUGUCUUCAGCACCAGCGCGCCCAGUCGACACGCUGCUGGCCUUUCCAGCCUCAGAAGAACAGGCUCCACCAAAAGUAACCUCUCCAUCCUCAGUCCCAGCAGCUCGUCGGCUGUGCCUUCGAGCCCGGCACUCGCCGCUGCCCUCAGUGCAGAACCUGCCUUUAUGGUGCCAAGCUCCAUCCGCAGACCGAGCACGGGGGAGAGACGCCUUCGGACGCUCAGUGGUCUUUCCAGUGGUCGCCCCAGCCCACCCAUCUCUCCAGUUGUUCCGUCGUUCAACCUUCCAGAAGCCGGUACGAGCCUCCCUAGAAGCGCAUCCGCAGCCUAUUCCAGCAGUCGCGUUGGUCGCUCCAUCUCGACUCGAACCACAAGCGGGUUUGCCAUGACCGCGCCAGGUGCCAUGGCGCCGCCUUCUUCCUCUCAGCCUCGACCCAGCCUCUCAUUUAGUCCUUCAUCACCUUCUCCUCUGGCGCAGCACAUGUCGCUACAAACAUCCAGAACCAUCGGUGGUGGAACAGGCUUGGCGACCACCGUCUCCCAAUCCACCACUUCCUUCCGCAGCAUGUCCGGCUCGGCUCGGCGCUCGUCCACAUCGAAUAGCGGCGUGUUGCUCGUUCCCAGCCUGCGAAGUGUAUUCCAAACCUAUGUACCCAGGUCGCAGAACGUAUCCAACGCAUCCACAGCCAGAACUCUGCCCACCUCGUCGAGCGCCUUUGCACACGGCAGCUUCUCGCCCUCGAACCUGGGCACAGGCAUGAAGGGGUCGAGCAUCCGCCGAAAUUCGAGCACGAGCGAGGCCGGAUCUGGCUCUGCAUUUGGUUCCAGCGUCACUUCUUCAACCGCCGCCAAGCCGCAGAUGAUCAAGCGUUAUAGCACCAACUUUUCCUACCGCCAAAACCGCGAACGAACUGGAGCCUAUGGCAGCAGCCUUGGCUCAGAAGGGUCCGGCUCACUUGGCGUCGUCGGUGCUGGAGCUGAGCCGUCCAGCUACCCACGAUUCGGCGGGGCUGGUGGAAGUUUGAGCUCUGCCUACGGUCGCAGCUGGAUCUCGAGAAUGGAACAGCGUCAGGGACUCGGAACGGGCGGCGCAUUUGCGAGGACGUCGAGUCUCGACGAUGCUACUGCUGCAGCAAACGCCUUAUCUGCAUCAAGACAUCGUCCCUCAUCGGCAGCUGCACCGACCCAUCUGGGCGGUGGCCUGACGCCAAGUCCAAGGAGCCACGACGACGACAUGGACGACCUCAUGCGCCUUCUUGAGACUCGCCCGGCGUUUGGUGCUUCAUCGAUGGGCAAAUUGACCAGCCUUCGAAAUGAGCGCCGGAAUGCACCAGGGCUCAGCAGUACACCUGAGGAAGGCGCUGUGCCUCGCGCCGCAGCUUAUGGUCCCGAUGUUUUGACUGACUCGGUGCAAUCCAACCUGGGACAGGACCGGCCAUCCCCCUUGUCUGGGAGCGGACUGCGCUCUGGCAGUGGCCUACGCACCGCCAACCCAAUGUCCCGCAGCCAGCUCGACGAUUUACUGAAUCGCAUGGCGGAGUCGGUGGGCAUUUUGGGUUCAAAGGAGCCAUUGUCGGCGACCAGUGCUGAGACUCGGCCGGAUGGGACUGUCUACGAGGAUACCAAGACACAGGUCAGUGAUUGUGCAGCAGUCGCACAGCUGCCGCUGCCGCUGCCACUGCCACUGGCAUCGAGGCCUCUAACACCCGCUCAGAUCUCGGCAACGUUGGGCAAAGGACGAGGAAGCACUGGUGAACGGAUCGAGGGUGUGGUGGAGCCUGGGCGCGGUCGUUGUUCGAGUGCAGCCGGGUUCGCACGCGGCGAGGCGAGUGUGAGACCUCGAAUGACAGUCAGCCAUCAGGCUCGUGGUUAUGGUACUGCAGCGGGCGCACACUCGGUCAUCAGCUCGGAUCCGAUCGAUUCAGCACAGAUAACUUCGGGCGACGAAGCAAGAGCCGGUGCGCCAUCGACUGGUGCCGACGCUGCCGCCGUUGUGCAGACCUCAAUGACCGGAUCGUUGGAGCCAUCUCGCUUGCCGGACUAUGAAGCUGAAGGCGAUCUCAUUUUCAAAGUGGAUGGACAGCAAGACUACGAUCCUCAAGAUGAGCUGCCUGGCGAGAUGGAGAUGAUGCCUGAGGAACAAAAUGACGAUGCUGCUGCUGCUGCUGCUGCUGCUACUGCUACUGCUACUACUGCACGAUCGGCUAGUUCUGGCAUAUCGGCGUUGGGUGGAGGUGUAGAGGGUGGAUUGGGAGCGACGCUGCCUGUGGGAGCUCAUCGUGAAGGCCGAGCACACGACUGGCACGCAACAGAUCGUUGGGAGCGUGUGCGUGCCCAGGAAGCCGAGCGACGAAGAGCAGAUGCGGAGAUGUCGCGCAAUUUUGGCCAAGAGGUGGGAGCAAGCACGAGGGGAAGAGGAUCGCACAGUCCUUGGCGCGGCGUCACGCAACCAGUAGUGACCAUGGGCACAGGAGCGACAAUGACGGCAGUGACGGUUGGCACAAAUGCCACAGCAGCGCCCAUCGGUUUCAGGUGCAGUUCCACUCGACCAUUCGGAGGUGCACACAGGCUGAUCGGCGGCGGUGGUGGUAAUGGAGGUGGUGUGGGUAUUGGAGGAGCUGAUUUUAGCCCGAGUAGUGGAAACACUGGUAGCGACGUUCGGAGAAGUCACGGUGGCAGUGCACCGUCGAAUCAGUUCUACCAGCCACGGGUCAGGCAGCCAGCGGUGCCUGCGUCGCGCGAUCCGGUGCACGACGAUGGAGCGGAAGAGGAUGAUGAUUGA